AUGAGGGUUUCAGCAGUUCAGCAUUCCCAGGAACUCACACAAGAACUGGUCUUUCCCUCUGUAAGGCAGGGGCUGCAGCAGCUUCCCGGAGCCAACAUGGCCUCACAGAGCAGUGAGGGCAUCAUCAAGCUGUCGAGGGAGGAGCUGGAGGCCCUGAAAACUGCCUUUGAGGAGGGGAACCUCGCUGGAGUGGCCUCCAGGCUGCAGGAGAUGCUGGAGUCACUGGAGAGCGUCCAGCUGGAUGUGGGCAUCACGGGCGAGACCGGCUCUGGGAAGUCGUCCUUUGUCAACGCCCUGCGGGGCCUGGGCGAUGAGGAUGCUGGUGCUGCCUACACUGGCGUGGUGGAGACCACCAGGGAGCCGACUCCAUACCAGCAUCCCCGGUACCCCAACGUGACCAUCUGGGACCUACCAGGGAUAGGCACACCCAAUUUCCACCCCGACGCCUACCUGGAGCAGGUCAGCUUCUCACGCUAUGACAUCUUCUUCAUCAUUGCCUCACAGCGCUUCACCGCCAACCACGCCGCUCUGGCCCGCCACAUCCAGGCCAUGGACAAGAGUUUCUACUUCGUCCGCUCCAAGGUGGAUAUAGACCUGGACUGCUCCCUCAGGCGCCGGCCAUCCAGCUACAGCGAGGUGGGGGUGCUGCAGGAGAUCCGACAGAAUUGCCUGGAGGGUCUGCGGGCCCAAGGAAUCCACUCGCCCCAGGUCUUCCUCCUCUCGGCCUUUGAUCUCAGCAAAUACGACUUCCACCUCCUGGGGGAGACGCUGGAGAGGGAGCUGAGCCACCACAAGCGGCACGCCUUCCUGAUGGCCCUGCCCAACAUCUCCCUGCACAUCCUGGAGAAGAAAAAGGCUGCCAUGCUGAAGCAGAUGUGGCUGAUCUCUACCAUGGCCUGUGGUGUCCACACCGCGCCCAUCCCAGGGCUCCUGAUCUCCUGCGAUGUGGACAUCCUGACUAGGACCCUGCAAGGUUACUGCAAGAGCUUUGGCCUGGAUGACGACUCUCUGGAGAAGCUGGCAGCAGAAGUGGGGCAGCCGGUGGGACAGAUGAAGGCUGUUAUCAAGGCACCACUGGCCAAGGAGAUCUCCAACAGCCUGGUGGUGCAGCUGCUGAUACAGGCAGGUGGCAAGGUGCCAAAGCUAUCCAAGGAGGUGCUGCGCUCUGUUCCUGUGCUGGGCUCCAUGGCAUCUGGAGCACUGUCUUUUGCCACCACUUACAAGAUGCUGAGGAGUUUCAUGGAUGAGGUGACUGCCAGUGUCCAGAGGGUGCUGAUCAAAGCCUUCGAGGUGGAUGCUGAGAAAUGA